CAAAAGACGCACUACGAAUAACUAUAUCCGAUCAAUAGUUAAGGAGGAGGAAGAAAAUACAAGGCACGUUAAUGGCGACAGGGCCGAGAACAUCCAGGACUGUUGCUGGCCGGAUGGCGCAAGCGUUGGGCUGUCCCGUGUACGAGGAUUUUGAGCCCAAGUUCGAGUGGCGGGAAGAACCGACCGCGAAUUUCUUGAGCGUUUCUCUUCCAGGUUUUGCGAAGGAGCAAAUCAGGGUCACAUAUAAUGAGCGACCGCGAACUGUGAAAGUCCGUGGAGAGCGUCCUCUCGGGCCCAACAAAUUUAGCCGUUUUGGCAAGGAAUUCCGUGUCCCGGAGAAUUGCAAGCCGGGCGAGAUCAGGGGCAAGUUCGAGCAAGGAACUCUCGUCUUAACUCUGCCAAAGAAAACCGUCACGCAAGUCCCUCCUAAAGAAGCACCACCCCAAGUGAGGACUCAGAAACAAUCUUUGAACACUGAAAAAGAGCCAAAAUCUCCUAAGGUUGGUCAACAAAAUGUUCCCCCAAAGACCACCUCAAGCGAUGACAUUGGAAAGAAGAAGAGCGACGACAAGGCGGUCGCUGGCGCGAAGGAAGCCGUUGAUCAGCCAAAACAUCAAAAGGGUCUAGAAGAUGCCCCUCCAAAAGCCUCCUCCAGUGACCCAACAUCACAGAAUGCAAGCGGGGUCAAGCCUAAAGAAGCUGCAUCGAAUGCAAUGUCGGACCGUGCUGCAUAUAGAGUUGAUGAAGGCUCGGGAAUUGGAGCAAAGGAGAAGGGCGAUAGACCUGCCGAUGAAUCGCAGACGAUCAAGAAACCCAGAGAUCAACAGACUGCACAUGAUAAGGGAAACAAAACAUCAUCACAGAAUGAGGACAAUGCGCAGAAGAACGGAGAGAUAGAGGUUUUGAAGAAGAAUAACAACGAGGCCAGAUUGGAUGAUGAUGCACAAAAGCUCGGCAUUCCAAAAGCCUUCUCAGGCAAGAAAGUGACUGAAACCGAGGAUUUGGUGGGUGCUGUGAAGAGGGCAGUGAAGGGACUGACCAGAGGUUCGAACGAAGACAGGCAACUGGUUGUGAACAUGGGGGUGGCAAUUGUGGUGAUUGUAGCUCUCGGGGCCUAUUUGUCCUACAAAUAUGGAUCUUCCACAAGAGAAAAGAACUAGCUUUUAUCAACAACAUAUCAUCCUCGAAUAAAAGAAAUUUACUUACAUGUCAUCAUCAGCUUCCCCAUGAAGUGAAAUCUAUCGUCCAGUUUGUUGAAUAAAUCUCAUGUUUGAUUU